AUGGCGGCGGGCAUGAGGCUGCUGAGGGAUGGAGUUGGGCCCGGCCCCCAGACACGGCUCAGGGGCUCGGCCAGCAGCAGGUCCCUCAGGCCCCAGCCUUCACUGCGUCCCGGACCCGGAGCCCUGCACCUCGGCUCCACUUUUCUCUCUGUGCAGUCUGCCCUGUGGCCAACCCUGGCCGCUCUGGCCCUGCUGAGCAGCGUCGCCGAGGCCUCCCUGGGCCCCGGGCCCCGCAGCCCCGCCCCGCGCCUCGGCCCCGCCCCGGCCCCGGCGGCCCCCACCGGCCACCUGCCGGGGGGCCGCCAGCCUCGCACGUGCGGCGGAAGAGCUCGGCGGCCGCCGCCCCAGCCUCCCCGGCCCGCGCCCCAGCCACCUGCGCCCUCGCCCGCGCCUCCCCGCGGGGGCCGCGCGGCGCGGGCCGGCCGCGCGAGCUGGGGGAGUCGCGCGCGGACCGCGGGGGCGCGGGGCUGCCGCCUGCGGUCGCAGCUGGUGCCGGUGCGCGCGCUCGGCCUGGGCCACAGCUCCGACGAGCUGGUGCGUUUCCGCUUCUGCAGCGGCUCCUGCCGCCGCGCGCGCUCCCCGCACGACCUCAGCCUGGCCAGCCUGCUGGGCGCCGGGGCCCUACGGCCGCCCCCGGGCUCGCGCCCGGUCAGCCAGCCAUGCUGCCGACCCACGCGCUACGAGGCCGUCUCCUUCAUGGACGUCAACAGCACCUGGAGGACCGUGGACCGCCUUUCCGCCACUGCCUGCGGCUGCCUGGGCUGAGACCUCGCUCCAGGGGUUUGCGGACUGUACCCUUACCCGCGGAUCCUCGAACCUGGGGCCUCCUCGCAGGAGCCCGCGGGCCGGCGGGUGGGGGGCCCUGGGCCAGAGAUGGAGGCCUCAGCCAGGUGAGUGAUGGCUAUCAGCCCUGGAGAGAUGGAAGGACGACUGACCUGCGGCCCCAGGGUCCUCGCCCUGCAAGUCCCAGCCCUGCAGGCACCAGACAACCUCAGCUGUGGAGACCUUAGGACCCACUUCUCACAGACUCUGGCACUGACCAGGCCACGGACCCAGGACUCCUCCUCUGGAGAACUCAGCAGCUCUGAAGUCCCAGCCUCAGCCCAGGCCCUGGGGGGUAUGGAAUUGGAGGAGACACAUUGCUGACAUGGGCCCGUACUCUUUCGUGGUUGCUGGACCCCUAUUUAUUAUUCCUAAGUUAUUUAUUUA